AAUCAUUCUGUGUUUGGCUUGAAGCAUUGAUGAUGGGGACGGUAACCGGCGACGUUUAAGCUGAGAAACAUCUCGAUCCAUAUGAACUCAAGUACUCGAUCCUUUCCCUUUCUCUCUUUCUACCCCAAUCACACACACAGACACUUAACUUAUCACUUUCUCUAUAAAAUAAUCAUUACACACAAACACAACCCAACAAAACCCUCGUUGUGCACACGCCGCACGCACCCUUUCCACAUAAACAAUGUUGAGGCUGAAAGGAGGUAGCAGGCCACCGUGGGUGGGACUAGGCGCCGCCGUGUGGGUUCAGAUUGCAUCUGGAAACACUUUCACUUUCCCUCUUUACUCUCACUCUUUGAAAUCAGUUUUGGGUUUCAACCAGCGCCAAGUCACUCUCCUCGGUGUCGCCAACGACAUCGGCGAAAGCGUUGGCUUGAUUCCCGGCAUUGCCUGUAACAAGUUCCCUCCUUGGCUCAUCCUUCUCGUUGGUUCCAUCGCUUCCUUUCUCGGUUACGGUCUUCUCUGGCUCGCUAUCAGCGACACCCUUCACUCCCUCCCUUACUUACUGCUAUGGUUCGCGCUUGUUAUUGCUGCUAACAGUAGCGCGUGGUUAACCACCGCGGUUCUGGUGACCAACAUGAGAAACUUCCCUGCUAGUAGAGGCACUGUUGCGGGAAUUUUGAAAGGUUAUGGUGGGCUUAGUGCUGCGGUUUUUACUGAAAUUUAUAGUUUGGUGCUUCAUAAUUCUUCUUCCAACUUUCUCUUGCUUCUUGCAAUUGGGAUUCCUGUUAUUUGCUUCAGCAUGAUGUUUCUUGUUAGGCCUUGUAACCCUGCAACCGGUGAUGACCCUGCAGAGAGUUACCAUUUUAUGUUUAUUCAAGGUUCUAGUGUGGUUUUGGGUGUGUAUCUUCUUGCCACUACCAUAUUUGGUAAUUUAAUGCCGUUUAGUGGGGCGGUUUCGUAUGUUUUGGUGGCUGUGAUGAUUCUUCUUCUCAUGGCUCCACUUGCCGUCCCUGUGAAGAUGACACUCUGUCCUAAGAAAGAUUCCAAAUCAGACUCGUCUGAGCAAAGAGUUGGAUCUUCCGACUCGCUCACUCAAGGCAAAGAUGAGAAUGUGCAACCGCUGCUGGCGUCGUCGUCGGCUGGAACGCUUGGGAGUUUUUAUGAUCAGGAUGAAUUGUCUGAGGUGGCUGAGCUUCUUGCUUUGGGUGAGGGAGCAGUUAAGCAGAAGAAGAGAAGGCCUAAACGUGGGGAAGAUUUUAAGUUUACUGAGGCUAUAGUAAAGGCUGAUUUCUGGUUACUGUUUUUUGUUUUCUUUGUUGGUGUUGGCACUGGUGUUACCGUUCUCAAUAAUCUAGCCCAAAUUGGUAUUGCACAAGGCGAGGAAGAUACCACCACCUUGCUUUCCAUUUUCAGUUUUUGCAAUUUUGUGGGGAGGCUUGGUGGAGGAGUUGUUUCAGAGCAUUUUGUCAGGUCAAAAACGAUCCCAAGGACAGUCUGGAUGACUUGCACACAGAUAAUUAUGCUCGUCGUAUACCUUCUGUUUGCCUUUGCUAUCAAAGGAACCCUUUAUCCUGCAGUUGCGUUUCUUGGUGUCUCCUAUGGUGUGCAAGUUUCCGUAAUGAUCCCCACUGUUUCUGAGCUUUUUGGUUUGAAGCACUUUGGCGUAUUGAUCAACUUCAUGACAUUGGGGAAUCCAAUUGGUGCACUCCUUUUUUCAGCUCUGCUAGCAGGGUAUGUAUAUGAUAAUGAGGCAGCAAAGCAGCAUGGUAUAGGCCUUAUUGCUUCCUGUGUGGGUGCAAAUUGCUUUAAGCUUACCUUUUUUGUUCUUGCUGGGGUGUGUGCUGUGGGCAUCAUCUUGAGCAUUAUCCUGACUUUGAGAAUUAAGCCCGUUUACCAAAUGCUUUAUGCCGGAGGUUCUUUCAGGCUGCCUCAAACAUCUUAAAGUCAUUGAAAGAAGUAGUAAAGCUGAACAAUGAAUAAAACUGAGGACUUCAUAAGUCUAUUCUAUGCCAGUUGUGCUGGUAUUUUCUUCUGGUCUACCGCUACUGCGAUGUAUAUGCAGCUGGACAUCAAUUAUGAAAUUCAAAAUUUUGUUAUCUCACAUGGAGAAUACCUGCAUUUGCUCUCGUGUUAGGCUUAAAGAUGAUACUGGCUGCUGGGAGUUAGAAGAUUAGGUAAGUGAUAUGUUGUGAUCUGCAUACCUAAGGAUAAUGUUGUAUUAUGUAGUCUAAAGUGAAAAUUUGAACUUAAUUUAGUGUGUGUUUUGGAAUUUUAAUUCCAAUUAUAUGGAAAUUAUAAUUAGUU